UAAAAUGUCCCUAAGAUCUCUCACCUCUAAACCCAAAACCCUUCACUGUAUCUUCCACUCUCUUCUCUCACCCUCCAAACCCAACACUCAUUACAAUCCCUUCUCUUCUCUCACUUACCAAAACCCACCACCUCCACCAUCACCACACCUGGUGAAUGAGAUCUCACGCAUUCUCAGCGACCACAGAAACCCUCACCACGACUUGGAGCAUUCCCUCAACCCUUUGUGUACCCAAAUAUCCACAAACUUGGUUGAACAAGUUCUAAAACGGUGCAAAAAUCUUGGCCUCCCUGCCCACAGGUUCUUUCUCUGGGCUAAAACAAUUCCGGGGUUUCAGCACAGUUUUGAAAGCUAUCACAUUUUGAUUGAGAUUUUAGGAAGUAGCAAGCAAUAUGCUGUGUUGUGGGAUUUUCUUAUAGAAGUGAGAGAGUCCAAGUGUUUUGAGAUUGUCCCAGAAGUUUUCUGGCUUAUUUUUAGAGUUUACAGUAGAGCUAAUUUGCCUCGUGAUGCUAUUCGAGCUUUUAAUAGAAUGGUUGAGUUUGGAAUUAAGCCUAGUGUUCAUGAUCUUGAUCAGCUUAUGUAUACAUUAUGUAAAAGAAA